AUGGCGCGCUCCUCGCGUGCCGGCGGCAGUGGCAGCAGGCGCAGCAAGACGUACUGGAUGCGCAGCUGCGGUGGUUGGAACUGGGACUGGCGCACCACGCGCCUCGGCUGUGGAUGGGCGGCGCCGCCAUGGGCGCUGGAGGCAGCAGCGGCCAGAGCCAGGCCCCAGGCUGAUCAGGGCGGCUGGGUGGAUCAGCCGCGCGGGCGCCGUGCCCAGCGGCAGGCCCUCAGUUCUGCAACGAGUGCGGCCUCCGCUAAGUCGCAGACCUCGGCGUCGGGCGACAGUGGGACACCCAGCGGCAGCGGCGCCACGGCGAUCGAGAGGCUGCAAGCGGCAGUCGAGCAGCUGGAGGCGCUGCAGGCGGAGCCGCCCGACGGGGUCGACAGCUGCUUCACCGACGUCGUUGCCAGCCAGCUGGAAGCCAAGCGCGCCGAGCUGAUCGAGGCCCAGCGGGCAGCAGCGGAGCAGAAGGCGUCCUCCAUGCCGCUGUCGACGCUGCUCCAUAAGGAGGCGAACGCCAUCAGCAAGGCUGAGAAGCGGCUCCGAGCAGCGCGCCAGAGCCGGGAUCAGAAGCAGGCGGCGCGUGACCUCGCCGAGGCCCAGCUCCAGAAGGCCCAGGAGGAGGUGGCGCAGCCCGACGCGGAGGUUGAGCAGGCCACCCGUGCACUCCGUGCCCUCGAGGAGGAAGCCCGAGUGGAGGCCGAGGCGCAGCGGCGCCAGCGCGCGGCCGAGCGGGCAGGAUCCAGCCAGGUCCUUGGGCUCCUCAUGCAGCUGGACAAGCUGCCCGAGGCUAGGGGCUCCAGCAUCUUCGAGGUGGCGUGGGCAGCCAUUCGUGCCCAGGUGGAGCCUGUGCGUGCGCAGCUCGCUCAGGCCCCUGCGGCCCCGAGGAGAGCGUCAUGGGCUGUGUCUUGCCCCAUGGGCGAGGUCAGCAGCGAGGACGGCGACCGCGCAGGAGGCAGCGAGCCCUGGCAGCCGCAGAGCGCCGCCGAGCGCGGCCCGGCCGAGCGUGGCGGCGACGCCCGCGGCGAGUGGCCGAAGGUCGCCCAGGCGUGCAAGCGGGAGCUGGUGGCCGAGGCUGCAGACCUGGCCCCUCUUGCUUCUCGCCCUGCUGGCCGCGCCGCUGGGAGCUGCGGCAGAGGCCAAGCAGCAACGGCGGCUCGGGACGUCCGCUGCGGGCUGGAGGUGCUCGGGAUCAACGGCAACACCUGGAGGAGGAGCCUGGAGGUGAUCGAGGCCUUUGUCUCUCGUCACGGGGCCCUGCCGCACCUGGUGAUGCUCCAGGAGACCCGUCUGGCUCCGCACCGCCUGGAGGGGCCAGAGGAGCGGCGCGCGUAUACGGCUUUCCUCCACGCAGCGGCGCCCGCGGACAAAGAAGGCCCGCUGGCGAACUCAGGCGGCGUUGCGGCCCUGGUGCGCAGCGACCUGCAGGCAGCGGAGAUAGCCUGGCAGGUUCCGAGCGACCUGAUGCAUCGCAUGGUUGGAGUCACAGUGUACACCGCGUCACGCCUGCAGCUCCUGGCGCGCUCGCUGUAUCUGCAGGACGCCUUGGGGCCCAAGGGCAUCAACCUCGACCUCUUCGCCGCCUUCGGCGACAUGGUGCUCUCCGCAGGCAUGCCCUGGCUUGCACAGGGCGACUUCAACAUGGAGCCAGGCACGCUGCACGAGUUGGGAUGGCCCAGAGUGCAGCGCGGCACGUACCUGGGGCCCUCCGAGUGCACAUGCGUAGCCCAAGGUGCCGAGCAUGUGUACGACUGGUUUGCGAGCUCCUUCUGCCUGGCCCAUGGGGUCCGAGAGGCCUCAGCUCUGGAUGGCUUUGGGCUGUAUCCCCACAAGCCUGUGAGGCUGCUGCUGCAGGACGUGAGACCAGAUGCCCUGGUGCAGGUGCACCGCCGCGUUGGGCGCGCUCGCUGGCAGGUGGAGCCCUGCCUUUGGUCCUGGGAGGUGGGCUCCCGGCCGAGUGGCCCCCGCGAAGCAGCUCGGCAGUGGAUCCAAGUCGUUGAGAGCACCUUGGUGGAGAUCCGCGGCAUCGGCGACGGCGACCUGCACAGGUACCUGUGGCGGUCCGAAGGGCCCAAGAUAGUCCUCAAGCCCCCCAGCGCCGUGGUCAAGCGCGAGUGCCGCCACCGACACUCGGCCCUCACCCACGCCAUUCGCCAGGCCCUCGACGUAGCGCUCCAGAGGCUCACUGCUGACAGGACGCAGCGUUGGCAGCCUGCGCACGAGGCCUGGCACGCGCGGCAGGUGGAGCGGGUCCUCGCCGAUGUGGAGUCAGCCACCGUAGCGGCUUGCGAGGAGGACGAAGUGGAGGCCCUCGAGUUCGACACUAGCGAGUGGGGCGACCUCAUUGGCCAAGCUGGUGUACAUGGGGACCCUGAGGCAAUUGCAGUGCUGCAGCGGCGCCUCGCGAGCUCCCAGAAGCGCGAUGGCUGCAAGAGCUCGGCCCCCUGGAGAGCAUGGGCCAAGGAGGCCGUGCAGAAGGGCGGCAGGCUCGCCCACAGGUUUGCCAAGGCUGUGCCGCCCCCGCAGGUGGUGGACCCAGAUACUGGCAGACGUUUGGCAGGCAUGCUGGCAGCCGGGCAGCUGGAGGCCAAUUGGCAG